AUGAACUUUGAUAAAGAAAAGGAAGAAAAAGAGAGACAGAUUGAAAACCUUACUAAGGAAUUAACUGAUGUCAAACUACAAAUCAAAUCAGAAAAAAGAAAGCUAGACGAUAUAGAAGAUCAAGAAGAUGUUCUAGACGCUGAGAGGAACAAGCUACUCGUAGAGCUUGAAAAACUUGAUCAAGAGUUCGAACUGAUCGAAUCUUAAAGAAAAUCAAGCAUGAGCCAAGACGGGUCAAUUGCUGAUUCACUCACACAAGAGGAUGAUGAUCUCUUGAUUCAGAAACUAGAGCAAGAAUCUCAAUACCUGACUAAGCUACUCUUGGCAGCUGAAGAUGAGAACAGUAAAAAGCAAGAGGAGGUCAAGAAGACAUCUGCUCACAACCAAAUGCUCGAGCUUGAAAAUCAAACCCUUGAAGCUAAGGUUAAAGACAUUGUAAGCUUGGACGAUGAACUACACAAACUUCAAGAUGAGUUAGCAGUGCAUCUAGACGAGGAAAAGAGACUUUUCGAAGAAAAUGUUAAGCUUUUGCAAUCUCUUAAGCAAUUAGAAGUUGCUGAUUAAGAAAUCCAGAAAACAUUCUAAGAAAAGAAUGAGUUCUUGACUAUAAUGAAGGAAUAAGCACUAGUUGAAAGAAAGGCUCGCUCCUUUGAGAACAUUCUAUAUGAGCUCGAGGAGAAACUUGACAGCAAGUAACGUCAAUUCAACCAGAUUAAAUGGAGACUAGAGAAAGCAAAUCAUAUCGUGACAGAUGCCGACAUUAAGAAAAUUAUUGGUAUCGAUAGCUUUAAGCAAAAGGUUGAGAAGUUUGAAUUAGACUUGAACUAAUUAAUUGAAACUAAAUUCAGCAUAAUAGCCUAAAAGAAGAAACUUGAUGAUAAGAUUCUCAUCAAAGAUCUUAAGCAAGCUACCAAAGUUCUAGUUGAUGAUAACACUAAAUCACUAAAAGAUCUAGAGCUCGAGCUAGAACAUCUCAUUGCUAGAGAAAAUGACAUUAUUGACAUUGUUAGACUCCAAAAGAGUUACUUUGAUCUAAGCAGAGAUACUGAGACUGAGUUCCUUAGAAAAUGCAAGAGUCUAAAGGAGGAAACUGAGACUUAAAUUAUUAGCAUGAUUCAGGAUAAUGUAUUCACAGACCUUAACAAGCAACAAAGAGAUGACAUCAAGUACUAGAUUAGAUAGAUACUCUAUGAUAUUGAGGAGUAUGAUGUCCAAAAAGAGCUAAAUAUAGAUCUUUAAGUUUCUUACCUUAAGAGUGCUGGCACUGAGCAGUAGAUUGUGAAUAGAGACAUUAAGUUCUUCUAUCAACUUGAAUUCAUUGAAAGAUUCAAGCAGCUUCAAGUUAAAUAAGAGGUCAAGCAAUCAAUCUAAAAUAAACUUAAGAAGAUCAACGACAACAUCAAUGAACUUGACAAGCUACUCUUGAACAGUUCCAAUAAUCUUGACAACCUUUAGAAGGAGGCUUCAUUCCUUAAAGAGUCAGAAUUUUCUCCAUUAAAGGGUAGAUAAUCAGUAGUAUAUGGAGUCAAAGGAGAUCUAGAAAAGGAAAAUGAACUCUAAACUUAAAAUAAGCAGAUUGAGUAGCAAGUAUCAAAACUAGAUGGCUAUAAACAAGAAAGAGAUAAGCUAAAGAAACUACUUAAGCAAUAUCAGCAAAAGUUUGAUGACCUAGAUCUAGAAAACUCAAACAUAAUUAAAUUAGAGGAAUUGAUUGAUGAAGUUAACACUGACCUUGAUUACAAAACUGAUGAGCUUAAGAAGCAAGUUAGAAUCCAAGUUGAAUAGGAAAUGAAGCAAAUUCAAGACCAAGUUCAAGAAAGAAUAGAUAAAUUCCAGGAAAAGAGAUAAGUUUUGAGUGAAUGUAGAUAAGAGGAGAAAGAAAAAAGAUAGGAUAUCCUUAAGUUUGAUGGUCUUUCCUCAAAACUUCAAAGCAAACUAGAUAAGUUGGAAAGAGAUCUCAAGAUUGAGAUCGCUGGCUUCACCCUUACUCCAGAGAGAGCAAUGCAACUUCAACAAGAUCUAAAAGAUCUUUAAGCUCUUAGAGAUUAGAAGUAAGCUCUAGAUAAAGAUCUUGACAACUAAAAAUUAGCAGUUCACAAAGUCACUCUUGAACUAAGCUUAAUUGGAGACAAGAUUGUCUCUCUUGAGCAGCUUAAAAAUAUUCUCAAUCAACUUCAAGAAAUGAAUCAACUUAAGAAGAUCUAAGAUUAGUAGUAUGCUCUCAGUGAAUAAAUCAGUCUUAAGCAGGUAGUGAUUGAACAAUUCAUCAGUGACAUUCUUGGAGGUACAUUAUUUGAUUGUGAAAGAAAAUUCAAAGAGGCAGAACAAUAAGUAGAUAAGGUCUCAAAGAAAAUCAUUGAACUCAACAACAGCGUCAAUGAUUUUGAAAUAGAUAUCAAGAAAGGACUCCAUCUCUAUUCAAAUGACGAUGAUAUCCAAAAGGAAGGUAAGAAGUAGCAAGAGGAAAAUACAAAAGAUAGAGCUGAGUUAAAAACUAUUGAUGAUCAGAAAAAUCUCAUUAGAAAGGUCCUUCAUAAGAUAAGAAACAGUCUUAAUGAAUAAGAGUAAAUCAAAAACCAAACUGGAGUCCAUAGUAAACUAACUGCCGGCAUGAUUGAAGAAUUCAUUAAUGAGAUUAGCACAUGUGUGAAGAAAACUGAAGUAUAAGAGAAAGAAUUAGCCAUUAUUGAAUCAUCUGUUGAGAAGAGAAAGGAAUCAUGGUCUAAGUUUAUGUUCAAGGGAGGGUCAAAAGAAGCACUCUUGGAUGAUAUUGAAAAGUUAUUAAGAGAUACAUCAAAUAGUGUUGAAUCUCUUCAAAAGAAAUUAAAUGAUUCAGACAAAAUAAUAAAGGGUCUAGAGGAUGUCACUUAAUCUAUGACUAAUAACCCAGACUACGAAGUAAGACAGUCAUCAAUUAAGAAGAUGCUUGAUGCUUGUAAAGUAUUCAAGGGUCAGAAAGAUGAAAUCGAUGGUUAAUGCAAGACUUUAGCCUCUAACGUCUAAAAACUAAAAGAUUCCAGCUUGAAAGGAUUAAGACUUCAAGCAAUUGAGGCAUUGCAAGAACUUGCGAAAUUAGGAGAAGAAACUUAAGAUGUUUUGUAGAAGUAACACAAAAAGGCAGAUCAACUUCUUAGAGAACUUACAAAGAGAAGACAGAAACUUGGAGAUGCUGACAUUUAAGACAACUUUAAACUUAGACAAGAUGCCUUAGUAAUCUUGGAAGAUAAAUCAAGAGACCUUGAAAUUGAACAAAAUGAGUUAGAUAAGGUGAUUCAAGAGGCAUCUAAGGUAAAUGCUGCAAGUGUUAAAGACUCAGUUUCAAUUGUUAAUGACAUCAAGAAAGAUAUCGCCAGAUAGAUUGGAGAAAAGGAUGUAUUAAAGCAAAAGAUUUAAGCAGUAAAAGACAAGAUUAGAGUAAGAGAUUUGUUUAGAGAUGAUCCCUCAACAUUUGCUCCAUUGAUCAAUGAAAUUAAAGACCUCAGAGUUCAACUUGCAGAAAAAGAUAAAUCGCUUUCAGGUCUAUACAACAAAAUCUAGUUUUUAAAGAAUAAACACGGAAGUAUAGAUUUUGAGAAAAAACUUGACCAAUACAAUCUUAGAGCUAAAGAUCUUACUUCAAAACUAGCUAAUGUUAAAGAAGAUCUUGAGGUUUUGUAAGAGUUAUUCGAGGAAUUUGACGGUUAUACUUCAGAUACUCAAGAAGAAGAUUUUGUUGAUAAACUUGGAACAGAAAUUAAGGAAUUAGUUGUGAAGCAUAAAAAUGCUGCUGAUUAAAACGAGAAGCUUACUGAUAAAGCAGCAUAAUGCCAAAAGAGUUUGAACAAAUCAGGAGAUUUAAGCUCAGCUGAAAUUGAGAAAAGAGCUGAAAUGAUCGCCUAGAUUGAUGAUGAGAUCCAGGCAAAUGGUAUUGCCGUUAAUGAUUUACUCCAAAGAGUAGGAAGAAGUAAAAAAGUCUUCUAGAAUAUGUAGGCUAGAGAAAAGCUUGCUAGAAGAGAGUAAGAAUGUCUCGAACUCUCAAAGAGAAUUCUUCAAUUUGAUAACUAAGCCUCUGAAUUAGAUGUUGAAUUACAGAAGGAUUUAGAGGAGGUCAGAUAAAAUAAAGAUCUAACCGAACUAUUAAAGCCUUUGGAAUAGAUUGGCAAUCAAUUAGCUCAGAUUAAGAAGGACUACCAGCAACCAGGACAAGCAUUGAAAAAGGUUCAUGCUUAACUAGAGGAUCUAAAGAAGCAAGAUAUCAAGUAAUUUGAUUUAUUGAAGCACAACAUCAGAAUCAAGAAACAAACUCUUACUAACUUAGCCUUGAUCAAACAAGCCAGAGUUUAAUACAAUCAACUUCAGAUCAACUUUAUUAACAGUAGACCAAAGAGAUCAAUUGCUUACAAGCCAAUUAAGGGAGAUUACGUCGAUCAACUUCUCGCUGAUUGGGUAAAUAACAAUAACUGCCCUGUACCAAUCUCAAGACUAGGCAACGGCUUCUAUAUGUUUGGAUCUAAGAAAAUCUUUGCUAAAAUCAUUAAUGGGAAACUAUUGAUCAGAGUUGGAGGUGGAUAUAUGGGCAUUGAUGAAUUUAUGUUCUAUUAUGGAGCUCAAGAACUUAAUAGAAUGCUAGCUUACGAAGAUUUUGAAGGAGAAGAGGAGCUUGAUUUGGAUAGAGUAAUUGAUACUGAUUCAAAUAAAAGCGACCUGAUUAAAUAAUUCAGUGAUGGUAAAUCAGUUAUUGGUGCUCAUCAGUUCAAGAAGAGACUUAGUCCUAGACCUCAUGGAAGUCCAAGAGGACCAAGCCCAAAUGCUUCAAGAAUGGGAGGUGCUGCUAAAGGAAACGCCACAAAGAAAUGA